AAGCGAAGGUGCACUGUUCCAUUCCUAGGAGCACUCUUCUGCCCUAAAAUGGCGAUGGCGAUGGCAGUAUCGCUGCCCAGGUAUUCUCCGCCGCUAGGAAUCGCUAGGGACAUCCAAUCCACGCCCCUUAGUUCUAGCAUUAGGCAUAGCAGCAGCAGAUCAGCAGUGCUAUCAUCCUUCUUGCCGGGAAGGAUUUCUCUGCGGCCCGGGAUUCCACACCCUAGAUCCAGGAGGAGCUUGACAGUGGUGGAGGCGAGAGGCGGCGGCUCAGUGGACGCAGUGGACAGGCUCGUCGCCGCCGUGAGCUACUUGCUGCCGCUCUUCGAUGGGAUCCAAUACGGGCGCUACCUCUUCAUGCAAUUCCCCGUGUUGGAGCAGGCAUUGGAGCCUCUGUUUCCACUGCUGCGGGCUUACAAGAGCUUCCCCUACGCGAGCUUUGUGGCCUUCUUCGUGCUCUACCUGACAGUGGUGAGGAACCAGAGCUUCAGCCGCUACGUGAGAUUCAACGCGAUGCAAGCGGUGGUGCUGGACGUUCUCACGAUUGUCCCGAAUCUGGUGGAGCGGACAUUUGGCCCCGCCAGAGGAUUGGGCUACAGCCUCCUCGUCUCCUUCUACAACACCGUGUUCUUGUUCUUGGUCGCUUGCUUCGCGUAUGGAGUGAUUUCGUGCGUGUUGGGAAGAACUCCGAGGCUGCCAUUCGUUGCCGAUGCUGCGGACGCACAGAUUUGAGAGCGUGGCUCUUUACAAAAUGUGUCUAUACAGCUUUGAGAAAUUUCUGGUGAAUGUACCACGCAAUUACCCUCAAAUAUCCCUAAUCUGCCUAAAAAUUGCGGCGAUAUUAUAAUAAAUUAAAAAAGAAUUAAAUAAAGGAUUAUGUGGACGACGAGAUGGACACAGCACCAAAUUGGGGCUUGCGAUUCCGGGAUCUAUCUGGCAUGCCCCUCUCAACUUAAUGGCGCUAAAACUACGUUUUAAAAACAAAGGGAAAGGGAAAUUUUUAAAAUGCCCUGUUGGCAGGUUCAAUGUGUGAACUAAUAAUAAGUGCCCUUUAAAUCU